AUGGCUAUAGACAUGAACAAUGUUAAUCUUCGUCGUUGUGGAUUAUGUUUAUGGAAUAAUUAUGCUGGACUUGGUUUUAUUCUCGAACCUGCACCACUACCACCACAUAUUGUGCAACUUGUUGAAUCGAAUAGUCCAGCAGUUGCUGCUGGUCUCAGAAUACGUGAUGUUAUUCUGGCUGUUAAUGAUAAAAAUAUGCGUGAAUCUAGUUAUGAUGACCUAAAAUAUACUAUUAAAAAAGCACGAGAUUAUGAUGGUCGUAUUGAUUUACUUGUUAUCGACCAAGAUUUUUAUGAAUUAUUCAAAGAAAAAAAUCAAUCGAUCAAUUUUAGAUUUGCCAAAACUAUUGAAACACCAUCGACAAUGCCAAUAGAUUAUCAAAACUUUCCAAAACAUCAACCACGUACUUGUGAAAUACAUUUAAAUAGGCGUGCUACAUCAUUUGGUUUUCAAACUGUUAAUCCUCUAACAGAUGUUGGUAUAUUAAUUCAAGAAGUAUAUCCGAAUUCACCAGCUGCUAAAACAUUAUUACGUAAAUGUGAUCGAAUUAUUGAAAUUGAUGAUGAAUUUAUUGAUGAUAUUUCAAGUACAGCUAUUUUAGAAAAAUUACGUACAGCAAAAGAAAAAAGAUAUGUGAAAUUAUAUGUUGUUGAUACGACGACUUAUGAUUUUUUUCAAUCAAAUAAUAUACAAUUAUCAUCAAAAGAAUAUCGACAAACCAGAGUUGUAGAAAAAGAUUCAACAAAUUUAUGUAUCAAUGAAGAUCAGAGUCUACGUGAAUCAAAGACUUAUCAUCUGCCAUCAACAUGGGAGACAUCAAACGAACAAAAAAUUCGCUUUCGAUUGUCUCGCAAAACAGAUGAAUAUAGAUCUAUUGUUUCGAAUUUUAAUGAAGCAAUGAAAGAAAACUAUACACAAAUAAUCAAAAUUGAACGAAUUCAAAAUGAACGAUGGUAUAUGCAAUAUUUAGCACAUAAGAAAGAAUUCAAAAAACGUCUUCAAAAUAAUACAGAAAGAAUUCUAUAUCAUGGUUGUCCAGUACAAGCUGCACAUUCAAUUAUUGAAGAUUGUUUCAAUAGAAGUUUUAUUGGAGUUCAUGGAACUGCUUAUGGUUAUGGAGUUUAUUUUUCAUCGAAAGCAAGUUAUAGUCAUAUGUAUACUAGACCAAACAUAAAUGGAGAACGAUGUAUGUUUAUAGCACGAGUUUUGAUAGGAAAAACUACUCGAGGAAAUAGUUCGAUGAAAACUCGACCACUUGGAUUUGAUUCAACUACUGAUGAAGAUCAUAUAUUCGUUAUAUAUCAUGAUGCUCAAGCAUAUGCUGAAUAUUUGAUUACAUACAAAUGA